AUGGGUAAUCAUCAAAAAGAAGGUGUUGAUUUUAAAGAAACAUUUGUCCCGGUGGCAAAGAUGGCUACGGUACGGUCUCUUCUCGGUGUUGCCGCUGCCAAAGACUGGGAGGUCCACCAAAUGGAUGUCCAUAAUGCUUUUUUCCAUGGUGAUCUCAAGGAAGAGGUUUACAUGAAGCUCCCUCCAGGUUUUCAGUCGUCUGAUCCACACAAACUCUCCACUGCUCUUCACAAAUUUGGUUUUAAGCAAAGUUACCAAGACUACUCAUUGUUCUCUUUCAUCCGUGGGCCGAUGGUGAUUCACAUCCUUGUCUAUGUGGAUGAUUUUGUUAUUGCCGGGAAUAAUCUAGAAGCUAUUGAUCAGUUCAAAGGUCAGCUCAGCCAGUGUUUUCACAUGAAAGAUCUUGGUAAGCUGAAGUAUUUUUGCGCAUUGAGGUCUCUCGUGGCAAAUGACGGAUUUUGUUUGUCCCAGCGGAAGUACACCCUCAAUAUCAUUCAUGAGGCUGGUCUGUUGGGUACCAAACCAGCUCCAACACCAAUGGAAAUUAAUCACCAGCUUGGAUCGGUCAAGAGUCCUUUGUAUGCUGAUCCCAAACAGUAUCGUCGUUUGUUCAUGAAGACUCCACUUGUAGCUCAUUGGGAAGCUGCACUUUGCCUUGUUCGUUAUCUCAAGGGCACUCCUGAUCAAGGCAUUCUUCUCCGCUCCGAUAGACUCUUGACUCUAACGGCUUAUUGCGACUCUGACCUUUCUGCCUGUCCGCGCACUCGCUGCUCCCUGUCCGCUUAUGUUAUUUAUUUGGGUGAUUCCCCCAUUUCUUGGAAGACCAAGAAACAAGAUACUGUCUCAAGUUCCUCUGCUGAAGCCGAAUACCAUGCCAUGGCUUACACUCUUAAGGAGAUAAAGUGGUUAAAAGGACUCAUGGAGGAUCUAGGAGUGGCACCAUCAUCUCUGAUUCCUCUGCAUUGUGAUAGUCAGGCAGCCAUCCACAUUGCUGCUAAUCCUGUUUUCCACGAACGCACCAAACAUAUCAAACGUGACUGUCAUCAAGUCCGCGAUGCUGUACAAGAUAAGUUGAUUACUACCGUUCAUAUAUCCACUCAUGACCAAGUUGCUGAUCUCUUAACCAAGGCUUUGCCUGCUCCUCAGUUUCAACGGCUUAUGUCCACGUUAGGUGUUCGAGAUUUCGUCCCACCAACGUGA